GGCCGUCGCCGACAUGCGCAUGUUCAUGUCAAGCGUAGUGCGAGGGGAAUAAUAUUUUGGCUUUCGGGGGCCUAAAAUUAGCCGGAAAAUGCAUAAGUUAAAAUUUUCACAAAGGGACAAAGUGAAAAAAUUUAUAACAUUUACACAAACUGGGGAGCAAACUGCGAUAUAUUGUUUAGCCCAAAAUGAUUGGAAACUGGAUCUGGCAAGUGAUAACUACUUUCAAAACCCAGAAGCUUAUUACAAAGAACCGAAAAAUUCGGUUGACAAAAAGAAACUAGAAAUAUUGUACAGCAAAUACCAAGAUCCAAGUGAACCCAAUAAAAUUACGGCAGAUGGCAUCAUGAAAUUUCUUGAUGACUUGAAUCUAAGUCCUGAGAGUAAAUUAGUUUUAAUUAUUGCGUGGAAAUUUCGUGCCGAAACACAGUGUGAAUUCACUAAAGACGAGUUUAUGAAUGGAAUGAUGGACUUGGGUGUGGAUAGUAUAGAUAAGCUAAAAGCUCGGUUAGGUAGUUUAGAAAAUGAUUUAAGGGAUCCUCUCAAAUUCAAGGAUUUUUAUCAUUUCACAUUUAAUUACGCAAAAAAUGCGGGACAGAAAGGCUUAGAUUUGGAUAUGGCGAUCGCGUAUUGGAACAUUGUAUUAGACGAUAAAUUUAAAUUUCUUCAAUUAUGGUGUCAAUUCUUACAGGAACAUCACAAAAGAUCAAUUCCAAAAGACACGUGGAACUUACUGUUAGACUUUGCACUUAUGAUCAAUUUGGACAUGAGUAAUUAUGAUGAAGAAGGUGCCUGGCCUGUAUUAAUUGAUGAUUUUGUAGAAUGGGCACAACCUCGAGUUCGUCAGUCUCUCUAACGAUUUUCUUCUUUUUGUAACAUUCUCUCACACGUGAUAAUUUUAUUUAUUCAUUUAUAAAAGGUAUAUUUUUCAAGUUACUUUGUGAAAUAAUAUUUUUUCCCCAAUAACAUAACAUCGUUUUGCUUUUAAAAGUGAUCAUAGACAAAUUGAUGCACAUAAUAUAACGAAUCGUAGUAUACACUAUAUAGCAUCCUGUAAUAUGCAUUUUCAACAUUUUACAAUAUAUCGCUUCGGUAGAUAUGAUUUCAUUUGCUAAAAUAUGCAAAAAAAGAAAUGUGUUUUGAGUGUGCUUAAAAAAAUUACAGAGUUAUUUACUUAUUUAUUAAGUUCAAUUUGUGUGAAAUCUACUAACCAAAUAGGAUAUACAAGAUUAUCACUUGUAAAGUAAUUUAAUUAGGACUUUUGAUUUAUCUUCGAAAAAAAAAAUAAGCAUUGCCUUGAAGUUGAUCAUAUUGUACAAAGUAAUAUGAUGUGUGGGAUGUUUAUUUACAUGUGGGAAUAUAACAGAAAGUUGCUCAACCAUACUACCAUCGGUAGUAUUUGCAAGCAAUUGAAAAAAAAAGAAAGAAUACUUCUCAACGUUCUUUUAAAGUAAUGUAUCGGAAGCAAAAUUGGAAGAGAAAUUAGUCGAUACGUUCCUGUAGAUAGUAAUUUCUAGAAAUUGCGUUGUUGAAAAUUGUUAUUAAAUAAAUUCUACGAUACUCUAUUACGCGACACUUAAAAUGUACAUAAAAGUAUAAAGAGAAAGAAAUCUGUAUUUUAGACAUUAUACUAUUUCGGCAUCGUUCUAUUAAUUUUUUUUAUAUUCAAUCAGGUUAUAAUGAUGAACAAAAAAAGAGAAACUUAUUUCUCGUAUGUUAAAAAAGGAUUAUAUAUGAUAUAU